AUGGAUCCGGAAACGAUCGCAAAAAAAAGGAGGGAAUUGCGUAGGGAGGGUCUGGACGUAGAUAAACAUAAUUUGUGUGAUGCAAUUGAUAAAUACCGUUUAGCAGUGUGUCAAGCUAUUUCAAAUCAUCAAAUGGGACAAAAUAACUCAUUUUUUGAAGAUCAAAUAAUUAACAAUGCACCUAUAGAAACGACUGGACCUUUUGCUGGAUACACAGCAUUGCAUAUAGCUUGUAUGAAUGGAAAUGAAGAAUUUAUAAGAUUAUUAGUUGAAGACUAUCAUGCAAAUGUAAAUGCUGUUGCUGACGAUGGAGCUCAACCUAUUCACUUUGCGUGUUUAUUCGAACUUGUGAUGCCUGAGAAACUUAUAGAUAUUUUGUUAGGAGCUGGUGCCAACGUUGAUGCUGAAAUAGGAGAAAAACUUUUUACAAUAUACAUUAAAAAUGACAAGUGGUGCAACGAUUUUGGGAAUAAGAUGACUUUGUUAACUUUUUCGAUCCUAUAUGCUAAUAAUGAUUCGUUUGUGAUAUCAUUAAUCGAAGGCAAAGCAAAUUUGAAAGUUAAGAGUCUGAAAAAUAAAACACUGUUGAUGUAUGCCAUUGAGAAUCAGAACAAAACAAUCGUAUCUUCACUUAUAAAAGAAGUACAUGAUCAUGAAUGGAUAAACGCCCGUGACAGUGAUGGUUAUACUGCUGCCCACUAUAGAUUACAUAAACAUAAAAUAGAAAAUGAUCCAAACUUUGAUAAACACAACUUAUUGUAUUGCUUUUUCGAUGAUUUGAGAAGCGCUGAAUUGAUUCACGAAUUACUUAAUGCCGGUGCUGAUGUUAACGCAACCGUAAAUGAUGAUCCAAAUACUUUAUUACUCAAUAUAGCGGCUCGCAAGCAUUAUCCAUGUACACUGGAUAAAUUGUUGGCUUAUCAUGACAAUAUUUCAAAAUCAAUGGCUUUGCAUUACUCAUUAUGUCCACUUAAAAGUUCACAGACAACAUUUGAUAUUAUAAAACAAAAAGCAAGUAUCAUUUUAACUCUAAAGGACCUUAUUCAUAGACGUACGUUUGGUUUAUUCGUUCCUGAAGAUGAAAAAAUAUUGAUGGACAAGUUAAUUGCUGAAGAUAUACAUUUCAGGGAGCUAGCACACACCUACGAACAAAAUAUUAUUCAAGGAAAGUUAAAAACAGAAGUGCUUAAGUAUGACGAUAAAAGUAUAACGUAUUAUGACUUCAUAAUGUCAUGCUUUGAUGAUAAAAAAUUGCAUUUGAUAGUGAAAAAUAAAUCUUUACUAGACGCGUUCGAAAAUAUCUUCCCGAACCCUGAUCUUCCUUCUCCUGUUUUGGACGAUGUAUUUGAUCUUCAUAUUAAUAGUAGUUAUGCCGUGAAAGUUUUUUAUACUGCUGAUUAUUUUUUUUUCCGAAAAAAAAUUUCGAAUAGAAUAGAAAAAACUUCAAGAAGACUUGAGCAGUUAGAAGCAUUAAGAAAAGUAGAAAAUCUCCGUAAAGCUAUUCCUUUGCCAUAUGAAUUGACUUAA